GAAACGUACAUUUCCUUUAAAACCAAGCCUGUUUAUUUCUUGUUUCAGUAAGCUAACGAUUGUUUCACUAAAAGGUAUAUAAUCAUUGACAAUUCAGCUUGUACUUAUGAAAUACCGGAAAAUGCGAAUGUUGAGUGUGAUCAUAACAGCUUUUGCUCUACAAACAGCACAUUCUGCCCAAGUAACUUUGCAUGCACAACAACUAGCCUAUCCGAAUCAGAUAUUUACUUUUGUGUGUAUCACAAGUCUAACAGAUACAGAGGAGGAUGAAAAUUACAACAUUAAAUGGGAAAAGAACAAUGAACUUAUUGCAGUAAAUAACACAGUGGUAAAGUACAGUGGCGAGAUUUCGAGUUUCAGAUUCCCUACCCAGCAUCAACUAAUAAUACACAAUGUUAGUGAAGAAGACAGGGGAAUGUACACAUGCAUCUUAGAGUUCACAUCUUCACACCUUCCUUCCAUAAAUGCAUCUAAAAGUAUACUUGUUAGUGGUUACAUGCCCAAACCAUUCUGCACACAGCCUUCAAGAAAUGAUACAGUUGGAGGACAGAUUGUGCUGGUGUGUUCAACUGAACCAAGUCAACCUCGAGUCACUCUACAGCUUCUUAAUAGUACAGGUGGUGUCUUAGCAAAGGUGGACCAAGCAGGUUAUAUUGGAAGCUUCAAAUUGGAAUACCAAAUUGAUGUUGAUGAGAUUGAAGAUGGUCAGUUUAGGUGCAGAACCGGUUUCACAUCUCAAAAUGCUGAAAAUAAGGAAUGUCUAAUUCGAUUUACAGAUACUUCAACAAUUGAAACUCCAACAAUUGAAACUUCAACAAUUGAAACUUCAAAUGAAAAUUCAACAAUACAAACUUCAACAAUCCACACUUCAUCAAUUCAAACUACAGAUGUAAUACAGACAACAAACAAUCAGAAGAGAAGGAGAACGUCUGCUGUCCAGUCAGGAAUAACGAAAGCACCGAAAAAUGGAGAAAGUAGAUUAGUUGUCAGCAACCUGGUCGUUACUGCUGUUCUAUUUUCAGUACUACUCACUAUCUGAAUAACAAAAAAUACAUCGAAUUACUCACUAGUAUGUAUUUAAAAAAAGGGCGAUGCAGUGUUUUACAAAGUUAUUCAAGAAAAUGAUGCUUUACUAAUCUUAUUGUGCUUUAUUUGUACAAUCCGAAGUGAAUUUUAUCAAAAAUAUUUAAUAUUCGUAAAUGUAUCCUUUUUUACUGAUUGUGUAUUGUAAGAAUGAAGUGACGACAAUAGAUUGUGACAUUAUGGUUAUCAGUAUAUCAAUAGCAUUAAAUUAAUCCUCUAAAUCUGUGUAAAAUCUCAUUAAUGGUUCUGGAUGACAUUUCUAAAUGCUCCGGGUACGUUCCGCUACUUAAAACACAAUUGUUGUUUAUCCUAAAAAAUCACUAACAGCCAAAGUAGAGCAAAUAAUAUCAUAACGUGCAUGAUAAACGAAAACGUGCAAAAAUAUGGGAUGGUCCCGGGUUUCGGUCUUCAAUUUGAGGGUUAGUUUUGUGUUUGAGAUACUUACUAGAGUAUUGUACUGUACUUUUUCUCCGACUCUUCAUUGUUUGAAUCUUUGAUUACACAAUUCCCGAUUAUGUAGGCCUAUGUCUGGAUUAAGACAUGUCAAGUCAAAAUAAUGUCUCAUUGAUAGGCCUACUGUAUAAUAAUAUUCAGUGAUUGCCAAGAAUGUAGGGGUAUGUCAAACUCGUUUCCUUGUUAAAGGAAGAAUGCAUGUAGACAAGCGUACGGUACAGUACAUCCUUUUGAACAAUGGUUCCUGUCUUAAAGCUUUCUUUGAAAUCAUGACCUCACUUGACAUUAAUGUGCAUCAGUGGGUCAAGGUAAUUCAUAUUCGUUUAUAAAAUCCAGGCCUUAGAUUGUUUUAUUUCUCUGAUAAUUGAUUACUUAUUUUCAUAAUUGAUAUUUACAGUGGUCUGAUCAAUCAUAGGCUAUUGUCAAAAGAAAAGGUGCCUCUGUUUUUAAAUAUUGGCCUAUUAAGAUACUAAUAAAUUAAUUUGCUUUCUUUUUUGUCUUUGUCUGUUAGAAGGGACAAAUUAAUUUUUUUUUUUGCUUUAAAGUUCUGGUGGGUUUUUUAGACUGUACAGCACGGAUCAUUGACAUCAAUACCCGACAGCGAUCGUUGUGCUUCCGUCUAGCUUCGAGACCUAAGCCAUUUUUCCACUCGGUAGCCACCAGGUUGCCUCGUGUCUGGGACCAGCUUCCUAGAUCGUUAACUGAUGCCCAUCCUCUUUAAAGGUUAAAAGUUAUUUUGAUUUACUGUAAUUUAAUUAUUUUGUUUUUCCAUUUGUGUUAUCUUGUGUAAUGUUAGUGUGUGUUGCUGAAUUUGGGUCAACCGGCUUACCCUAAUUUCAUUUUUUGUAACUUUCUGUUAUGUACAUAAUGUUGUUUAAUUAAUUUCUAACGACUGCACUUUCUGAACUUACAUUUCUGUUUUUGUUUUUACAAUUUAAUAUCCAGGGGCGGAUCAAGUAGGGGGCACAAGGGAACAUGCCCCCCCCCCAGUUUUAAAACUAAAUUUUUAAAAUUUCAAUGCAAUCAAGGUUAUGUGCUACUCAACUAUUCUGAAAUUCUUGUGCCCCACUGUUUGAAAAAUUCUGGAUCCGCCCCUGAUAUCACACCUUUUGAAAAAAGACAAAUGUACUUUCUUCUUAAAUUUAUUUGCGUAUUGUCCAAUCUUCUGAUCAUUGGCUUAACUUUUUCCUUCUCCUGUCAGAAUAAUGGCUGUCUCUUCGUAAAAACCGUCAAUCAACUAUUUCCGAUUCAAAGCAAAAAUGUCUGAAUUUAAAGCUCUCCCCUUCCUUAUUCACUGUCCCUAAGACACAUUUUAAACAUUUACCCAUCCUCUGCCACAACUUCCGAUAUUAAACAAGCCAUAAUUUAAUUUAAUUUUAACAACAAUUUAAUUGGUCCAUUAAUUUAAAAAAUUAUUUUAUUUAAUAAUUGUGUUAUUAUCUUGUUCUGUAUUUAUUGUAUAUAUAACAAUUGUGAAUAUUUAUUGUUGAUGCGGAUAAUUGCCCUUGGUGGCAUUCGUAGGUAAUACAAUUGAAUUGAAUAAAAGACCGAAUAAAUAAUGAAACGAAAUAAUGUAA